GUCUGGGCUUCGGCGAGUGGGCAGAGCGGGCAGACCACGGAGCCAUCCCGCAGGCGUCCCUCUGUCUGCGGGGCCAACCGAUCUAGCCCGGCUCGACGUCCUCUUGCGGGGCGGUGCCCCCGACGGUCCCGCCCGCGCUUUCGGGGAGGACGCCUGGGGCCGAGGAUGCACCGGCAGGACUGAGGUGCCUUCAGCCCCCGGGCCACCCGUUGCCCCAACCGCCCCUGCCCCGGCAUCCGGGACAAGAGCCAGACAGCCCCCUGCCAGGUUGGUGGGAGCAGCCAGCGGCCGGGGGAUGAACUGCCGGGCCGAGGUCCUGGAGGUGUCCGUGGAGGGGCGGCAGGUGGAGGAGGCCCUGCUGGCGGUGCUGCACACCGUGCUUCUGCACCGGAGCACCGGCAAGUUCCACUACAAGAAGGAGGGCACUUACUCCAUCGGCACUGUGGGCACCCAGGACAUUGACUGCGACUUCAUCGACUUCACUUACGUGCGUGUCUCCUCUGAGGAGCUGGACCGGGCCCUGCGAAAGGUCGUCGGGGAGUUCAAGGAUGCCCUUCGGAACUCAGGCGGUGAUGGACUAGGGCAGAUGUCUUUGGAGUUCUACCAGAAGAAGAAGUCACGGUGGCCGUUUUCUGAUGAAUGCAUCCCGUGGGAGGUGUGGACAGUCAAGGUCCACGUGGUGGCCUUGGCCACAGAGCAGGAGCGACAGAUCUGCCGAGAGAAGGUGGGAGAGAAGCUCUGCGAGAAGGUCAUCAACAUCGUAGAGGUGAUGAACCGGCAUGAGUACCUGCCCAAGAUGCCCACACAAUCUGAGGUGGACAACGUGUUUGACACAGGGCUUCGGGAUGUACAGCCCUACCUCUACAAGAUCUCCUUCCAGAUCACAGAUGCCUUGGGUACCUCAGUCACCACCACCAUGCGGAGGCUCAUUAAGGACACGUUGGCCCUCUAGCCUCAAAGGGCCAGGCCAAGGGAAAGGACUGGAUGGGAGACUCACUCUCAGUAGCCUUUUGAGGGGCUCUGUGGGCCUCUGAAAUGGGGCAACUGCAUCUUUUCUCUCCUUGGGGACUUGAAUGGGCAAAGUGCAUGUAGUGGGGAGCUUCUCUGUGUCCCUGGGGGAUAUUUGGAAGGUGCUGUGACAGAAAUCAGGGGUUAUGGUACCUGGGCCAAUCAAAGUAGAAGUCAGGCCUCCUGGCCAAGCUUUCUAGGAGCAGCCUGUCAUCCUCAGGCCCUUCCUCCUUCCUCAGAUUAUCUCUUGAAUUGAAGCUCCCCUUCCUCCCCAUUUUUUUGCUGACAGCAAAGGCUCCCUCCCCAUCCCUCUCAAACUGUUGAAGAUGUGUUCAUCUUCAAGUCCUUACUUGGAACACUAUUACUGUCUUUUCAAACCCCUGGUGUGGGAGUCCCUUUCCCCUCAUCUUCCUCUUCUGUACAGAAAACACACUAAGGAAUAGUGAAUAAAAGUUGGAAAUGGGAGUUUUGGGGUGACCUACCCCCACCUCA